CAACAGUCUACCAACGAGAGUCUCAUUCACAAUACACUCUAUAACUACGUCUAGUAGUAUUCUGUAUAUACAUUUGUUUUUAUCUGUGCAUUCAACAAAAAUAACAAAUGUCCGCUACUCCCAAGAGGCCGCUGUCUGCGGCACAGGGUCGGGUUUCUAACGAGAACGCACCUCCCGCAGGACGACCUCGAGCGUCCACACCGACUUCGACAAAUGGCAACGGAACUUCCACCACGCCCCAGAGGACACGAUCCAUUCGAGGUGGAACACCUAUGUCUGCCAGAGCCGCCGCUUCUCAUAGAGCAUCAUCAUCUUUAAGCAUUUCUACUACGAAUGGAAAUGCCGACGCACGCGCCGAACUAGUCGCACUAAUCGACGACCUCAAAGAGAGAUUACAGAAGUCCGAUGCUACAUCCGAACAAUAUAGAAAGCAGACAGAGGUUCUGCAGACAAGACUUGACGAUGCCACUAAAGAACAGGCCAAAUUAGAAGAUCGGUUACAUGAAAAUGAGGAGCAGAUCGAAAGCUUUCGAAAUGACAAGAGAGAGACGGCAAAGAAGAUGCGCGAAAUGGAGACCAUUUAUGAGGCUGAGAGGAGCUCCAUGACCAAGGAAAAGGAAGAGAUGGGUAACCGAGAAGAGGAGAUGCAGGCCGUUAUUAAUAGGCUAAAGGAGACCCUCAACCAACGAAAUGCAGAGGACGAAUACCGCCCAACAAGGCAAUCAAAUAACUCCUCUCCUAGCGUAGAUAGUGGGAACUUCGCCCCACCAUCUUCCGUUCAACGUAGCGAUUCUAGGAACAACUCGAAGCUCCUGUUGCAGAAGGAUAAGCUGAUCGAAUCAUUACGUCUCGAACUCGCGGAAGCACAGAUUAAGCUUGUCGAGUCCGAGAAUCAGGGCGGUGGCCGAUUACAUGAAGUCGAACGACUCCUCAUGGAGGCACGCAUGGCUAACGCCCGGCUGAUGGAAGAUAACGAGUCGUAUCAGCUACUACUCCAGGAGAAGACACUCCACGGCGACUUCGGCAAGGGUGAUUUCAGUUACAUGAAUGUGGCCGCUAACCAAGAUGCCCUGAACGCCCUUGAAGGUAGAUCCAACGCCGGCGAUAACCCAACUACACCAGGUGCCAGUCUUGCCGAUGAACUAGGCGCUCUUAACGGAGAUGAAUCCCCUAAAGUACAUGCCGAGGAUGAUACCACACGCCGUCUAGAAGCCGAAGUCCGGGCUGCGAAGGACCAGAACAAAGCCCUCACGCUGUAUAUUAACAAGAUCAUCGAGCGGCUCCUUCAGCAUCAAGAGUUCGAGCACAUCCUCGAUCAGUCUUCCGACUUCAAGCCUGGCGCCAAUGUCCAUAAGGAUCUGCCGCCACCUCCUACAGACUCUCCUGGUGUUGGGGCCUCAUUGCUCCAGCGCGCAAAGUCCAUCGCUACUGGCGGGCCGCAACGCCCUAAGCCUAGGCCCAUGACUAUGUCCGCUUCUCACCAGCUCCAGGCGCAGAUGGCUAUGCUGCCCUCUGUCCUUAACAACCCUGAUACUGCGCCCAGCAUCCCACUCUCGGGACUGGGCAGAUCGCAUAGUACAGCCAGGCGUAUCCCAGGCCGCCCCAUGAGCGAGCAGUUAACAGGUGCUGCAGGCAUCGUGAAUGCGAUGUACAAGGGACCCGAUGGACCGCUCUCCCCGACGCUAAGCACAGCAUCAUCAUCUGCGCGCCACUCACAGACAUUCUUUGGCGGGAAUAGAGUCUCGUCGAGUAUCGGACAUAACGGCUCAUCGGGCAAUUUCCCCGGCAUGCGAAGCGAGACGAGCAGCGUCAGCGGGGAUUCGGCGGCGGACGGAACGACAGGCACGAUGACGAGCUCUAGCCAGAGCCCGCCCCGAACAGUGGGAAGUGGCAGUAUCUCUGGAGAGAAGAGUACUACGAUGACGGGAAACAAACCUCGCCCGUUGAGAUUAGUGCAGGAGAAGAAUGAAUCGGAGCGCGAGCAGAAUAAGAGGGCUUCGUGGCUAGGUUGGGCUCAGGGUGCUUGGACUAAGAAGGAGGGGGAGGAUGUGCGGUAGACAAUAAAUACAUACUUAUGAGUAUGAAGAUAGAGAGUGAGAAGUGAGAGAGUGAAGGGGAUAAUGAUGGGACUUAUAUAUACAUGCCUAGCCAGGGGAUACGUCAACCCGAGCUAGGCAUACGAGAAACUUUCGCAUAUCUGUUCUUGCUCUCGUUCAGCCUGCCACGACAACGACCGAACGAACAAGCAAAA